UUUCGUCGAGCAUCCCUCGUGUGUGUGUGUGUCUCCACAGUCAAAUCGGGAUAAAGCAACGGCGACGUCAUGGCCUCGCCGGCGACGCCGAGGCCGGCGCUGAUCCGGCCGCGCGCCUCGCGCAGCCGCUCCCAGUUGGGCGCCGUCAGCCUCGCCUCCGACCACGCCGCCGCCACGGCCUCCUCCGGCCGCCGCCGCGACUUCGUCUUCGUCGUCAACCCCUCCGGCGCCAAUGGCCGGACGGGCAAGCAGUGGAAGCAGCUGCUCCCCUUCCUCCACACCCGCCUCGCCGACCAAUGCAACAUUUGCGAGUGCAUCACUUCGGGCCCGUCGCACGCCAUAGAUGUCACGAGGGAGGCUAUAAAGGACGGUGCUGAUGCUGUGAUCGCCGUUGGCGGGGAUGGGACGCUUCAUGAGGUGGUGAAUGGCUUCUUUUGGAAAGGAAGCCCGGUCCGUGCUCUCGAUCGAGGGCCUGAUCACUUGACGGCACUUGGUCUCAUCCCACUUGGAACUGGCUCAGACUUUGCUAGGACAUUUGGAUGGUCAAAUGAUCCCCGUCAGGCGAUUGAUCGAAUUGUGAGAGGAGUUAAAUCAAAAUUAGACAUUGGCAUGAUGGAAGGUCCAAAUGGAGACCCACAUUUCUUUAUAAAUGUUGCUGACAUCCAUCUGAGUGCCAAGGCAGGUUAUUUUGCUUCUAUGUACAAGAGGUUUGGCAACUUAUGUUAUGUUCUGGGAGCUUUAAGAGGCUUUUGGGGUCAUACUAAUCGAGAUUUGAGAAUAAAGGUAAAUGGAGGAGAAUGGAGAACAGUUGAUAAAGUCACUGCUCUAUGCGUUGGAAAUGCCAAGUACUUUGGUGGUGGCAUGAAGAUUACUCCAACAGUUGAUCCUUUUAGCGGUGACCUUCAGGUUGUUAUUAUCCAAGAUUUCAAGUGGUACAGUUUUCUUCUUAAGCUACAUAGGCUGUAUGGAGGCACACACUUAACGGUGAAUGGCGUGUCAUCAAUAAGAGUACAAUCAGUUGAAGUGGCAGAAGUGGUGCCUAACGGCGACGUCUUUGUGCAAUCUGACGGGGAGCAUUUCGGUUUUCUUCCGACCAAAUUCUCAGUUCUGCCUGGCGCAGUAGAUUUCUUCAGCUAAACCGCUGUGCUGUUUCUUCCUGUCGGAUUCCGACGGACAGAAGACGCGUGAUUCUUGGUGUGAGUUGCCCUGUUCACCUGGUCAAUUUCUUGUGCCAUAGAUCACGACGUUCUUCCUCCUGUUACACUAGCUUAAGAUGACGUGGCAAUCAGGUUGCUCCACUCACUUGAUCUUCUGGUCUGAUAUGGUAGUACGCACGUGAAACAAAUUACUGAUGUGCAGCAGCCACCCGCCAUGUAAUUUCUCUGCCUGCAUGCAGCAUAGAAUAGUCGGGUCGUUGGUGUUCAUAGACAAGCUGUAGAGUCACAGCACAGGGGCCGAACUGGUAUGAGUGUAAAUUUCACUGUUGUUUCUUCAGUCUUGUAAGUACCGUGUGCAAUAAUACGCUGCUUGUUGCUCGAACAA